AUGGAAAAUCCCGUGGACCUCUGUUUCACUGAAGAUGGAUAUAACAGCAGCAGCAUUGUUCUUGAAAAACAAGUAUUUAGAUCAAAAGUACCAGAGUCCCAUGUUCAGCUGGCAUGUAGCCUCCAUUACUGUGCUUUUCCCUUAAAUGGAAAUGAACUCUGUAUUUGGAAUACGAGUGAUGAUCCCAACCAUCAGCCAUUACACUUAAUAGGACAUCACCACUCGAUUACUGCUCUGGCAUUUGGGACCAAAGUCGAUCCCCUUCUUAUUUGCUCUGCUUCACGUGAUUAUGUGAUAGUUUGGAAUCUGGAUGAAUGUACAAAGAAGGUGUUACAAGGGUUAAUGCCACAAGGUAUUGUGAUAGGAACACUUCUAGGAAUGGUGCUUUAUGUUCGCUUUAGUCCAGAUGAUCAGACUGUGGCAGUAUGUGCUGGUAAUCGAAUAUACAUGCUAAAUGCAAAGGAUGAAGCAAUACUUGCUGAAUUAGAAGGCCACCUGGCACCAGUAACUGCUGCUGAGUUCUGUACUUGGGAGAAAAAUAUACUUAUAUCGAUUUCUGAAGAUAGAAGUUUUAAGGUGUGGGAUUACUGUACUGGAUUGUUAAUAUAUCAAUCAGCAGUAAUAACAGCAUUUCCUCUUUUAAGUCUCUUCAUUGAUGAAGCAAAUAAACAGAUUAUCACUGGAUGUGCAGAUGGACAGCUAUGGAUCUUCAGCUUGAUUACUGGACAUCAGUAUCGCUGUGUGGUUCAUAUUAAUGUAAAGAAAGAGAGAAAGAAGUUUUACAACAAAACAACAAAGUUUGAACAUUUGGAUCAGGUUCAGGAUAUAUCUCAGACAUAUACUCCAGGUGAUAUAGAAGAAGAAGAAGAUAUGGUUGAAACUACCUUUCCCAUCCUUAGAAUUGAACGCUGUGAUAAGCCAGCGAAUUUUGGUGAUGAAGAACCUAGUUUUUCUGAUGUGAGUGCCCAAUAUUUGUGGAUAGGAAGCUCUACUGGUUUAUUCAUAAUUAACACAGCAAACUUUGAGUUGGAAGCUGCUUUACAUUACAAAGAUUUCAGCGGUCUUAGUAUUCAAAUUGCUGGAUCAUGUGCUUUAAUGAGGAAGGCAGUCAAUGGUAAGGUUUUCUGUUUGCUGACUUCCAUGUUGGAGAACAAAAUUGCCCUAAUGGAAGUUAAUGUUGCUGCUCUGUUGAGAUGCCAACAGAAUGGCCUCCUUUUAAGUGGAAGGGAGGAAGGCCUUUCUGUUGUUGCCAGAUGUCCUCUUCUUCCGACCUCUCCCUUGUACCUGAAGAAGGAAAAAGCCAAACUUGUAAAUAAAAAAGGUACGAAAAGCGAAAUAAAAGAUCAGCCAUUGGUUUUCCAUAACAAAAUUAAAUCGUCAGGUUACACAUCAGCUCCACACAUGAUCAUGUUCUCCCCAAAUACAAAAGUAAAGCAAAACAGAUUGACAUCAGAAUGCAAGAGAAGUUGCAGACGAAGAAAGAAAGAAGACUAUCCACUUGGAAAAUCUCCUCCAAUCGAAAGUGAGAGGCAGAUUACUAUAACUGAUAAACCAACUGCCGUAUGCUGUAUUCAGUAUUCAGGAAAUGGAGAGUUAUUGGCUUGUGGUUUAGCUGACAAAACAUUGCUGGCAUUUAAAUCAAACCUUGUAGGAGAACCAACUGUUUAUUCAGGACACGAUGGUGCUAUUACCUCAGUUGGUUGGAGCCAUGACAACAACUGGCUUGUUUCAUCUUCUGAAGACAGAACAUUAAGGGUCUGGUCAGUUAGCAGCGCAGAGCCUGCUUUAUGUCUGGGAAAGGAAAUAUUUCAUAAAUCUAUCCGAUCAGCCCAGUUCUAUUAUAUAGAUACAUUCAUAUUACUGUCCUGUGGAGCAGAAUUUUAUUUGUUAAGAUACUAUCUUGACACCAGCAAGGAUGAGAUAAAACGAUACAGGACUAAGAGUAUUUGCAAAUCAAUACAGAAAUUUCCAAUGGCGUCUACAGUGGAAAUUACCAGUCUUUCAGCAGUAAAUGAAUUCUAUUCCUAUAUUGUAUUGGCAGCUGGGAGUAACCGAGCACUAGAAAUAUUUGACCUCAAUGUGGGCUGUAGUGCAGCAGUGAUAAGAGAUGCUCAUUCUAGAUCGGUUCACCAGAUUUGCCAAAAUAAGGGAUCAUCAUUUAGUUGCCAGCAACAUGAAGCUUACAAUCUUUUUUUAACAACUGCCAUUGGUGAUGGCAUCAAACUUUGGGAUUUGAGAACACUGAGGUGUGAGCGCCGUUUUGAAGGUCAUAAUUGCCGCUGUCAUCCAUGUGGAAUCAGUGUUUCUCCUUGUGGCCAGUUCAUUGCUUGUGGAUCUGAAGAUAAAUGUGCUUACAUAUAUGAGAAGCAUUCCAGCACCUAUUCUUACAAAUUGACAGGACACACUGAAUCUGUAAUCAAUGUGGCCUUUAGUCCAUCAUCUCCCCAGCUAAUCACAGCUACCUUGGAUGGCAAAUUGCAAUUGUUUCUACCCUGAUAACAAUCAGCCCUGACAUCUUUGGCUUUACUGCUUUGAGAAUUAAACUCCUUGAACGAAAAAAGAUUGGUAACUGGGCAAACUAUAGAAUAUUUUAGUUAAAUAGAGUCUUCCAGAUUUGUUCUAUUACUUGUCAACCAACUGGGAUUUGCUUAAAAAAAAAAUCGUACUGUUUAUUAUUAUUCACCAGUGAUACCAAGUCAUAGAUUUUUAAUAUUUUAUUGAGUUAGAUUAUUUUUAGCUGAAGAGUAAGUCUCUGUAGUGCAUAACUUUCUAACGCAUUUUACUGAUAUUUUGGGUGGUUGUAUAACCACCCAAUAUUUCAGCACCCAAAUUAUUAUUACACAAAUUGGUUAAAUUGUUUUUAUUCAGUGGUUUGCUGAUACCUAAUCCUCAAUAAUAAAGGAACAGUCUACUCA